UGGCCGACGUUUGAGCACCACAGUGCCAUUGGUAGAUUUGGCCACUUGGAGGCGCCCGGCUCAUACUCUCAAUCCGCGGAGGGAGAAGUGGAGGCUGGGACUGAAAGUGGGCUUGAGAAAGAAAUCUCUCCCCUGAAAUGUUUACCCUGACGUCAGUUUGCAGAACUAGCACUGCCCUGUCUCCUUCAGUGUCUCCGAAACUCCACUCAGUCAGAAUUGGGGGACUAGAUGGGCUCCGCUCUGCUUGCGCUGCCGGAUCGCACCAAGUAAAUGAAAUGAUUUCUUCUGCACAUUUAAAGUGGACUAAAACAUCUACACGAUGAACACCUGCGCCUUUCUCUUAAUUUUGACUGUUCAGAUCUACGCCGAUGGCAUCGAAGGGCCAACAGCUGCUGGCUGCACGUUUGAAGAGGACUCAGACCCUAAUCUGUGUGACUUCACCCAAGGGGAGGAGGAUGACUUUGACUGGCUGUUGUUUAGGACGCACAGUUCACCUUCUGCCAACUCUGACCUGCUGAAGGGCUCCUAUAUGCUGGUGAACUCCUCCCAGCAUGCCGUGGGUCAUCGUGCUCAGCUGCUGCUGCAGACACUGAGUGAAAACGACACGCACUGUGUCCAGUUCAGCUACUUCCUGUAUAGCCGUGAUGGCCACAGUCCCGGGGCCCUACGGGCAUACGUGAGAGUCAACGGCGGUCCACUUGGCAGUCCUGUGUGGAACACAUCGGGGACUCAUGGCAAACAGUGGCAUCAGGUCGAGCUUGCUGUCAGCACCUUCUGGCCUAAUGAAUACCAGGUACUGAUUGAGGCAACAGUUUCCAGGGAGCGGCGAGGCUACAUUGCCAUAGAUGACAUCAUGGUGCUCAACUAUCCUUGCUAUAAGGCGCCACACUUCUCCAGGCUAGGCGAUGAGGAGGUCAAUGCUGGGCAGAAUGCCACUUUCCAGUGUGUUGCUGCUGGAAGAGCAUCAGAGGCUGAGAAGUUCCUGUUGGAGAGACACAAUGGGGACAUUUUAACAAUGGCAUCAGUCAAGCACCUGAGUCAUCGGCGCUUUGUGGUGUCCUUCCAGCUCGACAGCGUCCAGCGAACUGAUCAGGACCUUUACCGCUGCGUCACUCAGUCCCCCAGGGGCUCUGGGGUCUCAAACUUUGCUGAACUCGUUGUCAAAGUGCCCCCAUCCCCCAUUGCGCCGCCCCAGCUUCUGCGUGCCGGCUCCACUUACCUGAUCAUCCAGCUCAACACCAACUCUAUCCUGGGAGAUGGCCCUAUUAUCAGGAAGGAGAUUGAGUACCGCGCCAGCCAGUCUCCAUGGUCAGAGGUGCACGGAGUCAACAUGGUCACCUAUAAGCUGUGGCACCUGGAUCCAGACACAGAGUACCACAUCAGUGUGCUGUUGACACGACCGGGAGAGGGAGGAACCGGUCCUCCUGGACCUCCUCUCGUGAGCAGGACCAAGUGCGCAGAGCCCAUGCGUGCAUUACGAGGACUCGCUGCCACAGAUAUCCAGCCCAGGCAGUUGUCUCUGCAGUGGGAGAAUUUGGCGUUCAACCUGACACGCUGCCACACCUACUCAGUGUCCUUGUGCUACCGCUACACCAUGGCGGGAGGAGGCGGAGGCCACAACACCACCGUACGCGAGUGCCUCGCAGUGGAGCACAAUGCCUCACGCUUCACGCUGCGUGAUCUGCCACCCUACCAUGCCAUCCAUGUCCGUCUGUCACUGGCAAAUCCAGAGGGGAAGAAAGAGGGCAGAGAGGUCACCUUUCAGACGGAGGAGGACAUUCCCGGAGGCAUAGCACCAGAGUCGCUCACCUUCACUCCGCUGGAUGACAUGAUUUUCCUGAAGUGGGAGGAGCCUGUUGAGCCCAAUGGACUUAUUACCCAGUAUGAGAUCAGUUAUCAGAGUAUCGAGUCAUCUGAUCCGAGCAUCAACAUCCCUGGACCCAGAAGGACAGUGUCUAAGCUCAAGAAUGAGACCUACCACAUGUUCUCCAACCUCCACCCUGGAACGACCUACCUAAUCUCUGUCCGAGCACGUACAGCCAAGGGCUUUGGACAGACUGCCCUUACCGAGAUCACCACUAACAUCUCUGCUCCGACAUUUGAUUACGGAGACAUGCCGUCUCCGCUGAGUGAGACAGAGAGCACAAUUACUGUCCUGCUGCGCCCCGCCCAAGGCAGAGGAGCACCUGUUAGUACAUACCAGGUAGUGGUUGAGGAGGAAACUGGGAAGAAAGUGAAGCGGGAGCUGGGGGCACAGGAGUGCUUCCCAUUGCCCAUGUCGCACGGGGAGGCCCAGGCCCGUGGGACACCUCACUACUACACAGCUGAGCUGCCACCCAGCAGUCUGCCAGAGGCCAGUCCCUUUACUGUGGGUGACAAUCACACUUAUAAUGGGUACUGGAAUAGCCCUUUGGACCCCCGCAAAAGCUACCUCAUCUACUUCCAGGCUAUGAGCAACUUCAGAGGGGAAUCUAGAAUAAACUGCAUCCGCAUUGCUCGCAAAGCGGCCUGCAAAGAUCAUCGCAAGGCUUUGGAGGUGUCGCAGCACUCCGAGGAGAUGGGGCUCAUUCUCGGUGUAUGUGCUGGAGGUCUGGUGGUCCUCAUCCUCUUGCUGGGUGCCGUCAUCAUCAUCAUUAAGAAAGGAAGGGACUACUACUCUUAUUAUCCGAAACCGGGGAACAUGAAUAAGACACCAAUUACCUACCGCCAGGAGAAGAGCCAUAUGGGCUCCAUGGAGCGCAGUUUCACAGACCAGAGCACCCUGCAGGAGGAUGAAAGAAUGGCUCUUUCCUUCAUGGAUUCACACACUUGCGGCACACGAAGUGAUGCUCGAAGUUCAGUGAACGAGGCCAGCAGCCUGCUGGGAGGCUCCCCGAGGCACCAGUGUGGACGUAAAGGAUCCCCCUACCACACAGGACAGCUCCACCCUGCUGUCAGAGUGGCUGAUCUCCUCCAGCACAUCAACCAGAUGAAGACCGCCGAGGGCUACGGCUUUAAACAGGAAUAUGAGAGUUUCUUUGAUGGCUGGGACUGCACAAAGAAGAAAGACAAAACAAAAGGGAGGCAUGACACCUUGCUGGGAUAUGACCGCCACCGAGUGAAGCUCCACCCUCUGCUUGGAGACCCCAACUCAGACUACAUUAACGCAAACUACAUCGAUGGCUACCAUCGAUCCAACCACUUCAUCGCCACUCAGGGUCCCAAGCAGGAGACUCUGUAUGAUUUUUGGAGGAUGGUGUGGCAGGAAAAUUGCUUCAGCAUCGUGAUGAUCACUAAGCUGGUGGAGGUUGGCAGGGUGAAAUGCUGUAAAUAUUGGCCGGAGGACACUGAGAUGUACGGUGACAUCAAAAUCACUCUACUUAAGACAGAGACGCUUGCUGAAUACACAGUUCGCACCUUUGCUGUGGAGAGGAGAGGAUACUCGACCAAGCACGAGGUGCGUCAGUUCCAUUUCACAUCCUGGCCUGAACAUGGGGUGCCCUAUCACGCCACUGGACUGUUGGCCUUUAUACGAAGGGUUAAAGCUUCUACACCACCUGAUGCUGGCCCUGUAGUGGUUCACUGCAGUGCCGGAGCAGGUCGCACCGGCUGCUACAUUGUGCUGGAUGUCAUGUUGGACAUGGCCGAGUGCGAAGGUGUGGUGGAUAUCUACAACUGCGUCAAAACUCUCUGCUCUCGACGUAUCAACAUGAUUCAAACUGAAGAGCAGUAUAUCUUUAUCCACGAUGCUAUUCUGGAGGCCUGUCUGUGUGGGGAGACGGCCAUCUUGGUGAACGAGUUUGCUGUCACAUACAAAGAGAUGCUGCGAGUGGAUUCCCAGAGUAAUUCCUCUCAGCUGCGAGAGGAGUUUCAGACACUGAACUCUGUGACUCCGCACCUGGAUGUGGAAGAGUGCAGCAUUGCUCUCUUACCCAGGAACCGAGAGAAGAACCGCAGCAUGGAUGUCCUCCCGCCCGAUCGCGCCCUUGCGUUCCUGGUCACGACAGAAGGGGAGAGCAACAAUUACAUCAACGCUGCUCUCGCUGACAGCUUCCACCGGCAGGCUGCUUUUAUUGUGACCCCUCACCCUCUGCCGGGCACAACAGCCGAUUUUUGGCGGCUGGUUUUUGACUAUGGCUGCACAGCAGUGGUCAUGCUCAACCAGCUAAAUCAGUCAAACUCUGCUUGGCCCUGUGUUCAGUACUGGCCGGAGCCUGGUUUACAGCAGUACGGGCCAAUGGAAGUGGAGUUCCUGUCUAUGUCAGCAGAUGAGGAUGUCAUAACUCGUCUAUUUCGAGUCAAGAACGUCACAAGGCUCCAAGAGGGCCAGCUGGUGAUGUGUCAGUUCCAGUUUCUGCGCUGGUCGGCAUAUCGUGACGUUCCGGACUCCAAGAAGGCUUUCCUCAACCUGCUGGCUCAAGUGCACAAGUGGCAAAGGGAGUGUGGAGAAGGACGCACUGUUGUGCACUGCCUCAAUGGUGGUGGCCGUAGUGGGACCUUCUGUGCCUGCAACAUCCUCAUCGAGAUGAUCCAGUAUCAGAACAUGGUAGAUGUAUUCUAUGCUGUUAAAACUCUACGCAACUGCAAACCCAACAUGGUCGAGUCUCUGGACCAGUAUCGAUUUUGCUAUGACCUUGUCCUGGAGUACUUGGAUUGCUUUGAAGGCAGAUAGCAACUAAAUGUUUACGACGGCAGCAAAUUCCCAUGCGCUGGAGACGGAGACCACCCAGUGACCCCGCUCUUCUUUAAUGUUUGGACCUGUGGACUUGGCUAUGAAAGGACUGUGGCAGAAGGACAGGAAAGAAAAAAACAUGGUCAAGGUUCUGACUUUUAACCUUUAAUGUACAGCUGUGAUUUCCUCCCUGUUGGUGAUUAUCUCUUUUGAUAUAUAUAUUUUUUUGUGUGUUUUUCUCGGUCCUCUUUGCCUCUUGGACUAAAUCUUGUAUGUGCUAAGGGUUUCUGUAGCAGCAAAACAAUAUUUCGUGCUACAAAAUGGACCUGUCCCUUCUAAAGAAGGGUCACCCUGCCUGUGUUUCAUCAUUUCACUCGUACAACCGAGGAGCCUGGAUCAAAUUCCAGAGAUAGACGUGGAAGAGCUACAUGAAAUAACAGUCCACUGUGUUUGUGGCAUGACUUAUCUACCAUACCAUAAACUGCCUUAUUCUCUAAUGAUAGGACAGAUUUAUUGAAACCACCAAAUAAAUCUUAAAAGGUUGUCCAACUGGUGUAGAAAACAACAAGAAGACUUUUAAAGAGACCUACAGUGUAAAGAUAGACCAGCCCAGUAUUUCAGCAGUAUCGAUGCAGAAACUGUACAGUAGUGCAAUGUGUUGUAUUUUGCCAUAAUGUUUGUGCUGGAUUACCAUGUGUGCUACAGGUGGGCGUUGCCAGCAGUGAGCCUGGUGCCACCAAGGGAGAUUCCUGUCUCGUUACUGUCACAGUGCCAAUCCCACUGACUGACUUGAAUCCUUUUCUUUGAUCUACUGCUUCAUCUUGAUAUAUGCCUACAAACAUACACUAUGUACUGCAUCAGCUAAUGUUCUUGCUCCGAAGUGAUUGUUUGUAUUUUAUACUUACCGGGAAAGAAGAAGGCGAGGAGGGGAAACACUGUUUGAAACGUAUCGAGCCCAUAGUGUUGGUGUGAAAAACGAUGUUCCAUUAAUGCUGUGGUCAAAGUGUCUGAACUGGUGCGGCGUUACAGUUUGGAGUCUGCACCUCUUCAACUCAUUUGUUAUCUGAGGCAUUUGGUUGUACUGUAAAAUGUCAAAGAAAGCUAAACAUUUCAGGUAGAGGAUCAUUUUGACAUGAAGCUAUAUGUUGUUGCUGUUGGUGUAAAAUAUAUAGAUAGAUUUUAAAAAAAAAGGGGGGCAUUAAGAUUGAGAAGGGGGCAGGAUGCUAUUUUGUAUCACUGCUCAUCACUGAACACAUUCGUGUUUUCACACUGGUGUUCUUUUUUCUUAUUUUAUAUUUUUUUUUCAAAUACAAAAACGUUCUAAAAACAGAGGAAGAGUAAGAAGCUGUCGGCCACAUACCCUGCUGUUUAGUUACCACAGAGUUGAUGGAUAAACAAAAUCCACUCUUUUUCAACUAUUGGCCAAUGCCUGGAGAGCACCGGAACUCUUUAUGCCUGAAUCAAUGUAACAAUCAGUCAGGUUCAGGAUGUGUGAUACACAUAAUGAUCAGAGACAGCUUUGAAACAUCCUCUGCGAAGACCCCAUCGCACAGAGGACAAAAUUUAUUUUGUUUUCUUUUUUCAUUCCAUUUUUGCUUUAUAGCCACAAAAAUAUCUCUAAGAAGCUCCAUUAUUAGCCUUUAAAAUAUGUUAUGCAUCACCACAUCUCCCGAAACUCCUUUAAGUACAGGUUUUUGGAGAGGGUGGUAAAGGUAUCACUCCAGGACCUACCCUAAUAAACAAGGAGAGACAGCUAGAAGCUGAGAAAAGCAAUCCUGCUGCUAGUGUGCAGCUCACAGUCUGGUUGAGGUGGGAGCACCAGAAUAUGUGAGCAAUCUAACAGUAUACAAACUUCACCAGGCUCCCACAGAUUUUCAAAUAGAGCAGCUUGUUUGUGAUGAGGAGGAAGAAUGAGGUAGCUACAUUGUAGUCAGUGAUCUGGCAAAAGCUUGCUGGAGGAAGUGCCUGGACACUUUUUUGUUAAGGGUAGAAGGAAUGUGUAAAUACAGAUGUAUAUUAUGUUAUGUGAAUAAUAUAUUAUAUGUUUGCCCAGAGUAAAGACGUAUAGUAAGUAACCACAACAUAACCAUAAAGCUGAAUGUGCUGUAAAUGACCAUUUUGUGAGUUUUUUGUCAGAACUUUUAACAACGAGCGUUCAUCCCAGCGCUCUGAGCAGAACAGGUCAUCAAAGCGUGUGGAUACUCGGUAUGCUUUGCAUUUCAUUUCAGUGAUUUCAAAAUAACCCGAUCCAUAUGAUUUAUUUCAACCAUUAGCCACGACUGUGAGUGCAUUAUACUUUCACCAUUCCAAAGCUUUUUAUUAUGACUAUUUCUGAGUGACAACUGCCAACACAGGACAUUUUAAUUUCAUUAGUUGUUUUCUGUAUGAACCAACAGUACUUGACUACUGUGUUUUUGAUCAUUGUAUUUGUGGGGUCAAGGUGUGUAUUUAAUGAGAGAAAAGAAGAAGACAGAUGUAUAUCAGGGUUGGAAAGGUUUUUCUUCUGAGCGACACCAACGAUUAACAAUAAAAGAACAAUG